CCCCCUGGGAAGGGAAGCUAGAGAUAGGGAACUGGUUAGGAGCAGAGCGCAGGAGAGGGGUUGGGAGCGAGGAGACACUCAAGUCCUGACCCUGUGGUCCAGUUUUCCCAUGACUUGGUGAGUCUAGUCGGGGAAUAGUGUCCCUGGUACUCCGCUGGAGGGUAGUUUAGCCCAUAGCCUAGCACCUGGCCUGGGUCCCAUCACUGCCCCCUGCCUUUCGGGGGGCCUUGGGGGCGGUCCCUGCCAGGGCCUCCCCCGUGGCUUCCUGUUGGGAGAGCAGCCGGCUGGCCAGCUCCCCUCCGCGGUGGCCGCUCCGCUCCCCUUCCUCCACCGCGGCGCUUGCCUCCGCCUCCCCGCCCCGCCCCUCCUCUCCUCCGAAGAAACUUUCCGCCACUGGUCCUUCAGCCCGAGUCCGGCCCGCGUUGCUGCAGCCUGGGAGCCGAGCCGGACGGGCAGGGCAGCUGAGACCGGACGGGGCGGGCGCGGCCGGACCCAGGGGUGUAUGCGGCCGCCGGACGCGCCGGGCCAGGCACCCGUGUUGCUGACGGGCCCAAGUUGGGAAGCCACGCUCUCCGUGUGGGACCUGGAGCCGGCUCUCCGGGGAAGGGGCAGCCUGAGGGGGGCGGCAUGCCUGGACCGGCCCGGAGCUGAGCUGCUCAACUCCCAGGCUGACGCGGACGCUGGCCCAGGAGCAGCAUGGACGCACCCCGAAGGGACAUGGAGCUACUCAGCAACAGCCUGGCGGCCUAUGCGCACAUCCGCGCUAACCCAGAGAGCUUUGGCCUCUACUUCGUGCUGGGAGUGUGCUUCGGCCUACUGCUGACGCUCUGCCUCCUGGUCAUCAGCAUCUCCUGUGCGCCGCGGUCACGCCCGCGGGGCCUCGUGCCACACCGCGCCCCCCGCGGCAGCACCCUGGAGCCCGAGGACGACGAGGACGACGAGGACGACGAAGACACGGUCACGAGGCUGGGCGCUGACGAUACGCUGCAAGGCCCCGAGCUGUCGCCGGAGCCCGAUGGGACCCUCAGCAUCAAUGUCUUCACAUCAGCUGAGGAGCUGGAGCGUGCGCAGCGGCUAGAGGAGCGCGAGAGGAUCCUGCGUGAGAUCUGGCGCACGGGGCAGCCGGACCUGCUGGGCAGCGGCACGCUGGGGCCCAGCACUGCUGGCACGGGCACGCUGGGCCGUGUGCACUAUUACUGACGGGUGCUCAGAGUGCUGGACACUCCAGGGGCACCCAAAGCUGCCCCAAGAACUUUGGACUCUCAUGAUUCCCACCCUUCCUGGGUGCUAAGGGGCUUGGACUACCUACCUCCGAGUGCGCCCUUCCUCGGCCCUGCCCAGAGGCCCCGGGGCGGAGGGGGAACGGGGGUCAGGAGGUGGGCGUCCCCAGCCCCUCUGAGGGAAGAAACAGAGUGACCAAUGAAAGCUG